AUGGUUUUCAGACUAGACCCAUGUGGUGUUGCGUGCAUUCUGAUAACACAGGCGCUUGUCGUUUACUCCGACUAUGUUGUUGUCUUCCAUCUAGUACUUCCUGUCCUCAAACAUAGCUUCUGGGCUAUAAUAAAUACAAUCUGUUUUAAUAUUGUGGCUUCUCUCUUAUUAUUUUCCCAUAUGUGUGCUGUUCUCACCGACCCAGGUGUAAUGCCCUUAUAUCAGUAUUCUAUAGAAUACUUAAGCACCCUUCAGAAACCUGAAGGAUGGACUACAUGCAAUAAAUGUGGCAUACAUCGUCCACCACGAGCUCAUCAUUGUCGUAUUUGUCGACGUUGUGUAAGACGAAUGGAUCAUCAUUGUCCAUGGAUCAAUAAUUGUGUUGGUGAAUGUAAUCAGAAGUACUUUAUACAAUUUUUAAUUUAUGUCGGUAUUCUUUGUAUAUAUGCUUUAAUAUUGGUUCUUAUAUGUCGAGCUAUGAUCUCUGCUAGUCUAAAAGAAAAUGUUGGUAGUUCAGAUGUUAUAGUCGUAGCUCAUACAUUUGUUCUUGUUGCCAUAUGCUGCCUUUUUGGAUUGUUUAUCUUAGCUAUUCUAUCCGAUCAGUACAAAUCUAUAGUCGAGGAUACAACAGCUGUUGAAGCAUGGCAGUUACGUGCUCUUCCUCAUUCAUCAGAUACUGAAGCUUGUGCUGCUGCGGGAUUUCGACGAAAACUAUCCAAGCUGACACUGUUUCGUGAAGUAUUUGGAAAUGGUCCGCUAUAUUCUUGGUUAAUUCCAUGUUCGUAUAUAUUCAAACCCUAUCCAAAACAGUAUACCACUAUAUCAAGUAUUAUACACAAUGUAAAUUGUUCUAAUUCUAUUGUCAGUUCAUCAAAUGAUAGCGAAAAGAAAAUGAAGAAUAGAUCAAACUAUGCUGCUUCUGCUGUCGAUGAUGAUGGUGACAACGACUCAAAUACCGCAGAUGCGUUACUAGCUUCAUCACAAACUCAUUUAAUCAAUAAUAACAAUAACAAUACUCAUCAUCAGUAUCAGUAUCAUCAACAGCAAUAUCCUACAAAUGUCUACAAUGAGCAACAUUCAUUUGCUACAAUUGAAACUGACAGUUCUUCAGCGAGUUAUUGA